UAGAACACCCUUCCCAAAACACGCGGACGUCUGAGGAGGAGGCGUUACUGUGUUAAUCCUGUGCAGGGGUUCAGCGUAUAAGAGGGGCCCUCAGCCCCCGCUGGCCACUCAUCUGCUGCGCUCACACCCUCUCGUCUGGCUGUUCUUCGGCAAGCAGCCGGUGUCAUCGCCACCACGACAGCACGCAGAUAUCACUGACAUGAAUCUGGAAGCGCCCAAAGCUGAGAUCAAAUCGGCCACCCGGGUCAGCGGCGGCCCUGCCACCCCACGCAAAGGACCCCCCAAGUUCAAGCAGAGGCAGACCCGCCAGUUCAAGAGCAAGCCUCCCAAGAAGGGAGUGCAGGGUUUUGGUGAUGAUAUCCCGGGAAUGGAGGGCUUAGGAACCGACAUCACAGUCAUUUGCCCCUGGGAGGCCUUCAAUCACCUGGAGCUGCACGAGCUGGCCCAGUAUGGCAUCAUCUGAGGCGGAAAUCUUCCCCGCAACACUGAACUGUGACAAAAAACAUUUCCAAAAAAAACGUCCCCCUUUGCUCGUCAUGGACUCCACAGGAAACGUAACCAAGCCAGGCAGCCUCGUGCUGAGUUUAACCCGCUCAAUGGUGUCGCUUAAAGGUGGAUUCCGCAGAGACGGGCCACUGCUGAGCGCCCAAAUCACUCCUUUCCUUCCAGCCUGAAGGAACCAAAACACCUGGAAGUCUCUUUGUUAAAGUAGAAAAAUACAUUCCAGGAAAUGUGCAUUGCUAAUGUGUCGUGUGUUUGCUGUGUCAUUGUAAUCCAUCCUGCGUAAAUGUCUCACCCUGUCUUUUUCUUGAUGUUGUUUGUGUCAUUUCGUUAUUGUACCUUUUCAUCCAUCGUAUCAUGUUUAUGUUCUAACACUCAUCUUGUGUCACUUGAACAUUAAAAUCUUCCAAGUGUAACUCGCACAA